AUGAGAUCUUCACACGUAGAAAAGGCAAGGAAUUUGGCGAUCGAGCAGGCAAUACACGAUGCAAUGCAGCAAGGGAUAUCAGCAAAAGAUGUUGCUAAGCAAGCGCAAAAGGAAGGCGCAAAGGCAGCUAAGUUAGCCACUAGAAAAGCCAAAAGGAUCGUAGGGCCUAUCAUUUCUUCGGGUUGGGAUUUCUUCGAGGAGGUCUACUAUGGUGGGACCAUAACUGAAGGGUUCCUAAGGGGUACUGGGACCUUGUUUGGAGCGUAUGCAGGCAGGUUUUAUGGGGAGCAAGGGAUUGGAAGAGUUGGGUAUCUGGUUGGGAGUGAGUUGGGCAGUUGGAUUGGAGGGAGCAUUGGGUUGAUGGUGUAUGAUGUGGUGAAUGGAUUGCAUUACUUGGUCACUGCUGUUGAACCAUAG